AACUCUCGAUAGAUCAUAACCCUUGCAGAUGAGGGAACCGAUCAGCUCAUACUUGUUUAUCUAUCAACAUUCUGUACUAAGAAGAAUCUUCUGAGUUUAUUGUGCCAACCACUGCACCACACCCAGAAUUUCCUCUGUGUUAAGAUCACAGAACAGACACCAUGGAACAGUCUCUUUCAAAUUAUUCAGAUUAUUACGAUUAUUAUUAUGAUGAAUCUAACACAACAGCAGAUUAUCAGCAGUUUGUUCACUUAUGUGAGAACAUUCACAUUAAUCUAUUUGGAGCCAUGUUCACACCAGUUUUGUUCAGCCUCGCCUUUAUUAUCAGCCUGGCUGGGAAUGCCCUAGUUUUGUGGGUCCUGGUGAGAUAUGAGAGGCUGAAGACUGUGACGGACAUCUUCAUUCUGAAUCUGGUCACCUCCAAUUUACUCUUCACCUUCUCGCUCCCUUUCUGGGCUGUGGAUCACACGAGAGGAUGGAUCUUUGGCAAGGCCAUGUGCAAACUCAUGAUUUCAAUUUUCUUCAUUGGCUACUACAGUGGAAUGAUGUUGCUGACACUGAUGACCAUCGAUCGAUACUUUGCAGUGGUUCACUCUCUGUACGCUUUCAGAGUCAGGAAGGUCUCCUAUGCCGUGACAGCCAGCAUAGUCGUUUGGGGAAUUAGUUUCAUGGCAACAAUCCCUGAGAUGAUCUACUCUGAUGUACAUCUUCGGAUGGAAGGACUGUACUGUUUUAGUAUCUAUCCACCUGAGAGUGCUCAAAUAUGGGAGCUGUUUGGCUGUUAUCUGCAAAAUAUCUUGUUCUUCCUCAUCCCAUUUGUUGUUAUUGUGUUCUGUUACUGGAGAAUUCUCAACACUGUCAUUAGAUGCAAAGCCAGGAAGAAGCACAAGACAGUGAAACUUAUCUUGUGGAUUGUGGUGGUGUUCUUUGUGUGCUGGACACCUUACAAUGUGGUCAUCUUCCUGUUCUCUUUGGUAACAUUGAAAGUCCCGGCGUUCAAAACCUGUGAGAUGAACAACCGCCUGGAGUAUGCUUUGUACAUUUCCCGGGACCUGGCUUAUUGCCACUGUAGUCUCAAUCCCUUCUUUUAUGCUUUUGUGGGGACAAAAUUCAGGACCCAUUUAAUCAGGCUUUUGAGUAAAUGUUUCCCCCGUUUGAAAAUUUGCAGAGAACUCAGUACCACCUCUGGCAACAGUAGCAAACGCAUCAACUCCCGGAAUUACUCAGACAUCGACAUGCCCCUGCAUUCAAUUGGGUCUUGAACUGAAGGCCCCAAAGUCUGGAAGCAAAAUGAUCCAUUGGAGGGAGGGUGGGAUACUCAGCGCCUCCUUCCGCCCCAUUCUCAGCCAUCCGCUAUACGAAGGGGCAAAGUUGGAGACUCACCAUGACAGAGCUCAUCUGUUCUGGGCCUUCCCAGAAAUGUGUCAACAAUCACAUCCUCAGAAUGGGUCAGUCUGUCAACCCCAUUCCCCAAAAUGGAUCAGUCCAGCAAUCUCACCCUCUCCAGAAUAAGUUAGUCUGACAAUCCCAUUCCCCUCUCUACAAUGGGUCAGUCUGACAACAUCCCCCACCCCACUUUCCACAAUGAGGCAGUCUGAUAAUCUCACCCUCCCCGUAAUGGAUGAAUCUGACAUCCCUACUUCCCCCAGAAAGGGUCUUUCAACAAUUCCACAUUCCCCAGAAUGGGUCAAUCCAAAGACACCCACUUCCCCACAAUGGGUCAGUCUGAUGACCCCCCCUCCCCCAGAGUGGGUCAGUCUGGUGACCCCACCUCUCCAGAGUGGGUCAGCCUGCCAAUUACACAAAUUGAGAUUAGACCAAGGCUCUUUGAGAUUUGGGCGAACACAUCUUUUUAUCUCCAUGGGAUUACAUGGAGGUGCUGGGAAAUUGUUUCAAAGGGACAGGGAUGUGAGCCAAAAAUGGGACGAAUGAGUAGCUGUGGUCAAACAAAAGCUGGCCAGGCGGAAGUGAUGCUCCUUUGCUGUUGUGGGUAAGAAUCUGCUCAUCAGCAGUACGCUACUUUCCGUGUUGCUGUAUGUGGUGAAGUUUUGGCUUGCUCCCCACUUCUGUACCAUAGUUAUCACCCAAUCUGUUUUCUGCUUUAUCCAGAGGUUGAAGAUGGACCAUGCCCAAAGCAACAUGAUGUAUAAAUCCCUGAAUUGACCUCAACCUCAUCCCGCUGGCCACGUUAGUCAGAGUCAUACAGCAUGGAAAUAGCCCCUUCGUCCCAACUAAUCUAUGUUGACCAGGUUUCCUAAACUAAAGUAGUCCCAUUUUCCUGUGUUUGGCCCACAUCCCUCUAAAUAUUUCCUAUUUAUAUACCAGGUCUUUUUAAAUGUUGUAACUAUACUCGCCUCUACCACUUCCUCUAUCAGUUCAUUCCAAGUACGAACCAGCCAUAUGUAAAAAAGUCGUCCUUCAGUUCCCUUUUAAAACUUCCUCCUUAAAAAUAUGCCCUAUAGUUUUGAACUCCCCUACCCUAGGGAAAAGA